AUGAGGAUUGAUAUCGGUAGUAAUCGUGAACGUUAUGGAUCAGAGCUUGAUGUGUGCUGCUGUGCUCAUGUAUUGGACACCUGGUUGAUUUUAGAUGGAUCUGAACCUGGUGCGAAUGCGGAGGCAGAGGACUGGAAUGAGAGCAGCUCUGGCACAGAGCAGGAGAACACUGGCACAGAGCUGUUCUGGCUCGAUUAUCAAGCUGACAACGGCCAAAUAACGUCUCUCAUUGUUCACAAGGAGGACAAGCCAGAAGUCAUUGUGCAACGCGUGGCGGAAAAGAACGCUCUGGACUCGGCCAUGAGGGCGGCGCUGUUGGCACGUGUGGGACAGGAAAUGGACAAGCGCUGUGACAAAUGCUGAGAGAAAAAGAGAGGCGCUUAAAUAAAAGUGGAGAACAAGGCACUGAGACACCACUGAGCCAGAAUUGAAUCGGAACUGCAUUUCUGUACGACGGCACCAAGCAUGCCGCAUUCAUAGAUGUCUUGGAGAAGCCAUGCAUCCUAAUUAUGUGAAGGUGUAGCCUUCUUGAAAGAGAGUGGACUCGAAACUCAAGAGAAAUGACACUGUCAAGCAUGAAACUGAUCUGGUUUGAUCUAAAAUAGGAUGUAUUACAGAAAACUGGACCCGUAUUGUUCUUUCAACUGGAAACUGAAAUCCUUGUCACUCCUCACGUCACACUUUGGAAAGACGCUGGACAAAUGUUGAGAGCUCUAAGGCUUUUUACACCUGAGGUGACUCUCGUUUGGGAUGGGAAAUGUAUAACCGCAAGGUCUGCAUUGCUUCACUAGGUCCCAUAAGUCUGUGUCUUGUAGACUUCCAGAAAAGAGUGUUUUUAUAUACGGUUUAGGCUGAAUCCCUACAGAAAUCAGGACAAAAAUGAAACCAAACUUCGAAUGCUUCCAGUCUGUUUAGUCUAAGCGAAGGUUUGAAGGAGUGUAGUUGCUAGUGGAAAUAGCUGAGGAAGUUCAAACAAAGUUUAAAGAAUGCUAAUAAGGUCCUCGUUGCUCUGAUAUUUAUAUCCAUGCAUUUGGAUAUCUGCCUUUUCCUUUUAUGUUCAUAAAUAUUCAUGUUGAUGUACUGAUAUAAAUAUCACAUUUUCAUCUGUUGGUGCUCAUGUUGUUGUAGAAACAAAAAAGGACCAAUGUGUCUCUUUUUUUCACCUCUUCAUUGUACAGGUAGAUUUUUAUUUUUGUAAUCGUGUUCCAACUGUGUACUCUUGUGUUCUUGUUUAGAUUGCAGGAUGAAUUGUUAAUUCUGCCAUACAGACAGACGAUGGCAGUGUGCACUAUGUUGACAUCGUGUGCAAAAAUAGAUUUUUCUUUCACUGA